AUGAUCGAAAAUAAGUUUCAAAUAGAAUUUUUAGCAACAUCUCUAGUUCAAAAAUUAAAUAGAAAAAAUAUUUUCCCCCCCUUAUUUAAUGAUCCCGAAUCAUUUAUUGCCCCAGCUGGAUCAAGACCAAAAAAACCUACUAAUUCAUUUCUUAUAUGCAGAAGAAAUGUCUCCAAAGAAGCGAACAGAAAAGGAGCUCACAACAUGCGAGUAAUUAGCAAGGCAGCCGGCAUAUUAUGGAAUAGUGCGACCCCUGAAGAAAAGGAUGUAUACAAAAAUAUAGCCGAACGUGUUUAUGAAAUCCAUAUAUUAAGAAGUUCAAAUUUAGUUAAUUCAACUUCAUUUAAAAUUGAAUUAACAACUCAACCUUCACCUAUUUCUCAUCCACUUCCUUUCCCUUCUCCAUCCUCUAUACUCGAAACAACAUUAAAUAAUUAUUUUAACGAUCACGAUAACAACCAAGUCAUUCCAUUUAAUUCAUUUAAUUCAUUUAAUUAUAAUGAUUUCGAUGAAAAUCAUCAAUGGAUUUAA